UCCACGGCAGUCGCAGUCAUCCCCUUUUCCGUCUUUUCACAUAUUCCUUCCAUUUUUUCCUUGGCAAACGAGUUUCGAAGAGAAGCAAGUGGUCGGGCACCCCCCUUCGGGUGAAGUCAACGGGAAUGUGGGUAUACUACAGCAACCUGUGGGACGGUCGGAGAUUUAGAAAAUCAGACUGGAUGUUGUGAUGCAAUGGGGAGCAGCAGUCAGCACUACAGGGACACGGCCCCGGCUUCGACAGAGGAUUGGGAAAAUGUCACGGCCAACUACGUCAGCACAGAAAGUGCGUACUGGCAACGCGAAGCUCGCCGUCCGGACUGGGAGCAAGCGGUGUCGGAGCUGCACUGGGUGUGGGACCUGCACGUGUACGGGAUGGCCAGCCUGUUCUCCGUGCUGACCGUCCUCUGCCUGCUCACCGUCCUCCGUCUCAACUCGCAGCUCUCCGAGAGGCCCCACCUAUCCUCGCUCAACAUAUUCCUCGGCAUACUCGCAUUCUCCAGGCUCGUCGUACUCUUCGCAGACCCCUAUGGAUCCACACAGGCACUUCCCAUCGUGUUGAUGCAAGUCCUGUGGGAUCUGGGCUACCCCUGCCUCGUGUCCGCGUUCGCCCUGCUGCAGCUCUCCUUCGUCCGCAUGACCCAAGUCAAGAUGACCAGGCUGAACGACGAAAGCGCCAUCACCAUCAUCAUCACUUUCCACUUCUGUCUCAUCAUCACGUCGGGAGUGCUCGGAGCUCUGCAGCAGUCGCUCAGAAUUUUAUGGCUGCUGACGCAAGUUGCAUUUAUCAUUUGGGGAGGAUUCCUGUGCCUAUCCUCCCUCCUCGGUUGCCUCCGCCUGCUCCGAACCAUCGUCAAGGUGCCUCUGCAGUUUCUUCGGCAGGUGGAUCCCGGCUAUGAAAUCAGCGGCAUCAUGCCAGUGGACAUGUUCGCGGAGCAAUCGCGAGAGACCCAGCCGGUGCCCCAUCAGCCCAGAAUCCGGAUUACCGACGUCAACGAGCAGACCUACAGCUACGUCAGCGAAGUCUCCCUCGCAACGCACCACGACCACAGGGGUGUCCUCAUGUCCCCACAACAUGCCGAGACGUACCCUCUAAACUGUCUCCAGCCAUCAUCUCCGACCCAUUGGAAACCACCAGAUAUCGACAAUAAAAUAACAUCGCCAGGCGAGGAUCCUGCUGUCAUAAGACCCCUUAUCGCUACGCACCGUUCACAAGACGAAAACAAAGAAACCUCAGUUCCAGCCACAGUUUCAACCGUUCAGGCACCAACACCAGCCCAACAACUCAGCCCCGUGGCGCAGAUCCGGUUGGAAGACAUUCAGUUCGAUGCCCGCAAGCUGAAACGUCAGUCCCGCAGCCGGCUGGAAAAGCAACUGCGUCGUCUUGUCUGUACUUCAGCGUUGGGCGUGACCUUGUGCCUUCUGAAGGUCUACGACGUCUUCGGACCGCAUGCCCUCAUCUAUCCCGGCAAUAGGCAGCUCUUCAUUCUGCCAUGGUUCUGUUUCCAGACCAUUAGCAGAAUUGUGGAAUUCAUAAUGGCGUACGCCAUGGUUGUCAUGAGCCAACAGACACUGAACAACCAUCAUUACUACUACAACAACUAGAGCGACCUGAAAUCUCUGUUUCGGCAAGUCCCUCUGACAUACACCAUCCCACCACUGCAUUCCAUAUCCUCCCCAGUGAAGAAAGUGGAGUGGUUCCAAAGGAUAUACAGCUAAUGGCGUGGAAAUUGUCUUUGGCGAAGUCCGCAGCUACUUCGAUGAAGCCAAGGCAAAGUUUCGCUUUAAAAAGUAGUAUAGACACUGAAGAUGACGUGCUUCAAGGGGAGCAUUUUAUGAACUGGACAUUUUUAAGGAGAGAGAUUUGGUCUGGUUAAGUAGUUUUCUUCCUAGGUUGCAACUUGUAUUGCUAUCUUAGAAAGAUUGGCUGAUGAAAUAAGAUUGCUUGAACUUAGAGGUAAAAAUAAAUAUGCAAUGCAAAUUUCUAAAAAAGAAGAAAAGGAUGAUACGCGCAACUCCUUAUCUUUCAUUACGGUCAAGUCACUUACCAGUUGUAUAGGAAAAGUCAUUAUCGUGUUAAAUCAUUUGUGUAUGAAAUGUUAAAUAAGAACUUAGCGUAAUUUGAUGGGGGGAGGGUUCAAAAAAAAGAAAAAAAAUUUUGAAAUUAUUACGAUUUUUUUAUUAUUAUUUUACUCUGGAGAGAAAUCCUUUGCUUUUCAUACUCCAAUUUUGUUAUUGCUGAUAAUCUAGUGUUUUCUGAGACAUAAAAAUUUAAGUUCAAGAAAUAUCAUGCUAAAUUAAACUUAUCACACAACGAGAAGUUCAUAUGAUACCUUCGAACUUUCCAAUUUAUCUUGAAACUCAAAUUUUUGAUAUUAUUUUUAAGAAAAUUAUGUUUAUACCCAUUUGUAAGUUGUAACUGAAUUAUCUCUCAAUUAUAUCUCUUUUUAGCACAAUAAAAUAGAUAAAAACAGACCUCAAAAAUACAUGACUUAUGUAUUUAAGAACAAGAAUUAAUAGUGUUCCAUACGGACAUAGCACAAGAUUUGGAAGAAUUUUCUCGUGAUUAUAUACAUUUGGUUUAAUAUUAUUAAAAAUACUAGGACGAAAUUCUUACUGAUUCAGAUUCAGAAUGUACAGAAUCAAAUAAAAAUUUUCGAAAAAAAAGCAAAAUUUUCAGAUACGUUUAUUUGUUAUUUUGAAAGAAAUAAAAAGCCAAGAUAGACAUUUUCAUUUAUGAGUCAGUUAUUUGUGACUUGACCUCGU